UGGAUGAACACAUUAUGAUUUGACCUUGAGAAAUGUUGGACUGAACAAAUUGUUCAUCUUUGAUUAUUAAUAUUAUUAUUAAAAGAAAAAGAAAUGAUUGUAUUACAGACUAUCGAUUGUUCAAUGUGUAUUCACUCGGUGCAUUUGUUGGCCAAUAAAAAGCUUAUUAAGCAUACACCUCUACAGAAAUUUGUCCGUAGGAUAGAUACACACACAUAGAUUGGUGUACAAAAGUGGAGCUGAAAGACACGUCUAAUUCUAAUUGUAUUGCGUAUUCUUUGUAGCUUACUUUUGCCUUCAAUAUAUUUAAUUGUAUAUGUGUAUACAAUUACCAUCAAUGACGCGGUCUAUUAUCAUUACUUAUUGUUAGCUUAACUUCACGAGGCAUUGUACUGAAUCAGACAUAACAUCCGAUAUGGAUAGAUGCAGUAAAUCUGCUUAUUCAUCAAUUUCGCUUUCAUUCACAAACUGAAUCAUAAUACUUUCGUUUCUCUUAUUAGUAUCACUUAUACAUGUAAAGAAGCUAUUCUGUUUUACAAUUUGAACUUUUUUUCUGUUGAUACAAUUCACUUUCUAAGAACUAACUGACUCAGUGACCCACUGACUCAACCCCACACACGUAUAUACACAUAAUAAUAAAACAAGUCAAGCAAUAUGUUAUACGGUGGACCUCUUGGCACUUAUCUCAGUGGUUUAUCCUCCUCGUCCUCAUCGAGUGCUUCACAUCUUACAACGCCAAGUUCAAAUUACACUUCACCUAGUAGUUUGAGUAGUUCAAACUACUAUUCCAGUGGAAUUGGUGGAUUAAGACGUAGCAGUUCAAGAUAUCGAAAUUCUGGUGGCAGUAAUUUAUCCUCAACAUCGACUGCAUUAAAUACUACUAGUAACAGUAGUAAUACAAGUACUACAGGAGCUAAUAAUCCUUAUUCAUCAUAUUAUACACCACCGGUAAGAAGAAAAUAUGGCACACCUGAAACGGAUACAUCGAAACCAUCAUGGUAUUUAAGUCGUUCACAAGGUAUUUCUAGUAACAGUGGAGUUGGCAGUGGUAGUAGCACUGGCGGAACUGGUUCUAGCAGUACUGCUGGAAGUAGUACAUCUGCCGCCUCCUACUCAGGACUUCCACAGUAUCCACGCAGAUCACCAAACAAAAUUGGCACCAGUACUGGAUAUACAACUGGUGGAAUAGGCACAAGUUCAUCAUGGAAUUCA